AUGAAUUCAUUCGAAGGUCCCCAAGACCUUGAACAGCGCUUCAACCAGGCACAUGAAACCUUCACAACCACUUUAAAGAGCAUCAUACACACUCUACAACAUGAUGGCUUCAGCCCGGAGAAAUGGGACAAAUGUUUUGAAGUCUGCGACCAACUCGAUCUUCUUGAUUCCUUACUAGGUGAUAUGGAGGAACUUGGCCCGGAGAUGGCACUGGAGGCUCCACAUCGUGCCCUCUUGCGUGGAUUACCCCGAUCUUACUUCCUGGACUUCAGAUUCCAGUUUGAUUGCUUUGGUGUUGAGGCUGGCUUGGAUGAGAUUCGAGGUCUUCUGGUCGAGUGCUUUUACGAUGACUGUGCCGAGGUUGUCUGUAUUGGGUUGGAAAGUCUCCUAUCUAGACUUUCAUUCUAG